AUGGAGCUGUUACUUCACAUUUUAGGUGAAGAAGUGGAUUGCAUGACCUGUGAUAUCAAGUACUUACCUCCUGUGAGGUUAGAUUUCAGAUUGCCAUUGAAGUAUCCCAGUACAGAGCCUCCAUUAUACACCAUCUCUUGUAUUUGGCUCACCCGGAAGCAGCUAUCUAGGGUUUGUGAGAAAUUUGACAUGACCUGGUCAUCACAGAAAGGAGAAGUUGUGCUUUUCCAGUGGAUCAAUUUCUUGCAAUCUGACUUACUCCAUGUGCUUGGCAUUGAGGAGAAGCUUGACCUCUCCUCCCUUGUGCAAGGUCUUAGGCAUUCAAAAAAGGAUGAGCUUUUGUCACUUGAUUCUCGAGCUGUGCAGGAGAUACCACCUGGUUCGAGUUUGCUUGAUCAUCUUCUUGCCUAUGAUGAAAAGCGGCGAUUGCUUGCCUUUGAAGAAUCUGUGCAGAUGUGCAAUGUGUGCUUUGUGUAUUUUUCUGUCCUGAUCAAAGAAGGUAGUGUGAAUCGUCUCCAAUGUCCAGAAGAAAAGUGCACUUCCUACGCUCUUCCAUCUCAGGUGAAGGACUUAGUGUCAGCAGAUCUAUUUGUGAGGUAUGAUCGCCUCCUCCUUUCAACUUCAUUGGAUCUAAUGAAGGAUGUCACAUAUUGUCCAAGGACAUUCUGCCUUACUCCUGUUCUUCUGGAUGAUGAAUCUACUAUUGGCCUCUGCCCAUCAUGUUCCUUUGCUUUCUGCAAGCACUGUAAGCGAGCUUACCAUGGAGUGAUGCCCUGUGCAUUGACUGAAGAAGAGAAAGGAGUAAUCUACAAUGAGUUUAUUAGAGGAAAUGAUGGAGUGAAGGAGCAUUAUUUGAAGAAGUAUGGCCGAAGACAGAUCUCAGAAGUAAUCAACCAAUUUGAGUUCAAGAAAUACUGUUCUGAGAACACAAAGCCCUGCCCAAAUUGCAAGGCCAAUAUUGAGAAAAAUGGAGGUUGUAACAAGAUGUCCUGUUUCAAGUGUGGUAACUUUUUCUGUUGGCUCUGCUUGGAACUCCUGGAUCCCUGCAACCCAUAUCUGCACUACAGCACUUCAAACAAGUGCCUGAACAAGCUCUUUGAGGGUGUCGAUGAUGAGAUGGAGGAUUUUGUUUAUGAGUUCCUCUGAUACAAGGGAUCUCAUCUCACUUGUACCUUCAUUCCUGUAUCCAUGUGCUCAAAAUGGCUUAAAGAAUAUUUAUGCUCAUUUCUUUCCAUUGAAAAGGUGCUCUAUUUGUUGACAAGGGAAAUGCAAAUUUCUAAGGAGGAUUGGUUGUGAAUUUGUGAUUUCAUCCCUCAUAUUGCAUUUAUAAUCUUUAAAUUAAAAGACUUUGAGUUCAGGUCUCAGUAAGUUCAUCUAUCCUGGCAUCAUUAAUAGCUGGUAAAUCAGGAACCACAUUACAUGUGAGGUUUGGCUUUUUUGCACCUUGAUAUGCUGAAAUUAGAUAUUACAGCAACAGACCAUGAUAUCGUUCAUGAGAUUCUUAAAAGCUGAUAGAGGCACCUACUAACCCAGUAGUAUGAGAUUGAAUGCUAAGUUUAUCCUGUGAUCCAAAGCUAUAUCUUAAUAGCUUGCUAAAGCUUUCAUAAAGUUCUUUAGAAUAAAAUAUUUUGUAAGAAGCAGUUCUUGGUGACUUGGUGACCUUUCUGUUCUCACAGGUGCCAUACCACAAUGCAUCCAUGUUUAUCUUUGCAUAAAUUAUUCUCUGAAGAAGAAAAGUUACCCAGGGUCAUAAGAAUGCUUCAAUUCAUGUUAAAGUUUCAAACAAUUGAGAGCAAUGCAUACUGGUUGAUCAUCCUUAUAAGCAUAUUGUGUGCUGCAGUUAGACCCUAGCUGGUUUGUGUCCUGGUGCCUUUUCCCAUUCUGGCAUAAUGGUGUUUGAUAUAUAUGUUUGCUCCAUUUGUGUCUCUUGUGUUGUGCCAGUAUAAGCCAGUAUGACGCUGGGGAAAUUUGAGUCUCAAUUUUUUGUUUGGGCUUCAUUCUGGAAAUACCCCUGGGGAAUACUACUUUUGGAAAGAAGCAUACAUGAGAGUUCAGAAUCAUGCACAGAAAUGCAACAUUCUUAAGGUAUGCAUGAAUUUGCUUGAUACAAAUAUACCAAGGAAGGAUAUGCCCUUAUAAGCUCAAGAAAUAUUGCUUUUUUUUUCUUCAUGCACACUUGAUAUUGUUGAAGUUUGAAAUGAAGACUUUGGUUUUUGCCAUUA